AUGGACAAUCACUCUACAGAGAGGAACGGAUCAACAAACGAUCUAAUACAUUUUCCAAACUCCGCUUUGGCAUCGAUGCUUGUGAUAAAUGUUGCUGGAGUUCUCGGAAAUGUUCUCUUAAUCAUGGCACACGUUAAGGAUCCUUUGAGAGUUCUAAAAUCUCCAUCUUCGCAUUUUAUCCUCAAUGUAGCUUCGGUGGACGCGCUACUGUCAGCCGUUUUUCUUGUAUCCACGAUCCUGGUCCUUAAUUUGGCUUUCGCCAAAAGAUCUUGGGAUUGGGAUACCUCUAAUCGUAGUUUAAUCUUAUUCCUACUAAUCAGUCUGAUCUGUUCUGCGUUAUUUGCGUCCUACCUAAGCCUAGCUGUUGAGCGAUUUUUAUCAGUCGCUUAUCCGUUAUGGCAUCGCGUGCGGGUGACAACUAAG